UCUUUUUAAGAGAAAAACCCAGGAGCUGGUGCAACAGCGACCCCUGAGCAGUGCGGUCCGGUCCGAGCGAGCCCAGCAGAACCGAGCCGCAGGAUCCCAGCUGCUGACUUGACAGUCGACAUGAGUGAGCGACAAGGUACUGGGGCAGCCAAUGGAAAAGACAAGACCUCGGGUGAAAACGAUGGGCAGAAGAAAGUCCAAGAAGAAUUUGACAUAGACAUGGAUGCACCGGAGACAGAGCGUGCGGCGGUAGCCAUUCAGUCUCAGUUCAGAAAAUUCCAGAAGAAAAAGGCUGGGUCUCAAUCCUAGUAGAAGAGCCCCUUCCUCAUCUACCUGAAGACCUUGACUUCCACCACCAUCUGUCCUAAGUACAACACCCCCAAGAGUCUCACACACACACACACA